AUAGGCUGGGAAGAAAAGCUUGAGAAACUUGACAUUGUCUUGGGCAGAGAGCGUGUAGCAACAGAUCAAAGAAAAAGAGGAAGAAAACGUGCUCUUUGCUGCCUGUGGAUCUCGCUGAGUUGCUUUUGUCUUGCGGGCUUCUGUUGGGUUUGCUGUUUCCCCUCUGAAGACCGCGGCGUGGGCUUCGAGGCAGCUCGCUCCCUGCCGGAUGGGUCAUGGAAUUCUAAACAUGAGGCAGAUAGCUGAUCAGCUUCCUUGGAUUUUGCUGAUGACCCAGGAGAGCUUUGCCUGAAGAUGGAAACACUGGAGUCGGAGCUGACCUGCCCUAUUUGUCUGGAGCUCUUUGAGGACCCUCUCCUGCUACCUUGUGCACACAGCCUCUGCUUCAACUGCGCCCAUCGCAUCCUGGUGUCACACUGCGCCACCAACGAGUCCGUGGAGUCCAUCACCGCCUUCCAGUGCCCCACCUGCCGACAUGUCAUCACACUCAGCCAGCGAGGUCUAGACGGGCUCAAGCGAAACGUCACCCUGCAGAACAUCAUCGACAGGUUUCAGAAAGCAUCAGUGAGCGGGCCCAAUUCCCCCAGCGAGACCCGCCGAGAGCGGGCAUUCGACGCCAACACCAUGACCUCCGCCGAGAAAGUCCUCUGCCAAUUCUGUGACCAGGAUCCUGCCCAGGACGCUGUGAAGACCUGUGUCACUUGCGAAGUGUCCUACUGUGAUGAGUGCCUGAAAGCCACUCACCCGAACAAGAAGCCCUUUACAGGCCAUCGUCUGAUUGAGCCAAUUCCGGACUCGCACAUCCGGGGGCUGAUGUGCCUGGAGCAUGAGGAUGAGAGGGUGAAUAUGUACUGCGUGACCGAUGACCAGUUAAUCUGUGCCUUGUGUAAACUGGUUGGGCGGCACCGAGAUCAUCAGGUGGCAGCUUUGAGUGAGCGCUAUGACAAAUUGAAGCAAAACUUGGAGAGUAACCUCACAAGCCUUAUUAAGAGGAACACGGAACUGGAGACCCUUUUGGCUAAACUCAUCCAAACCUGUCAACAUGUUGAGGUCAAUGCAUCGCGUCAAGAAGCCAAAUUGAUGGAGGAGUGUGAUCUUCUCAUUGAGAUCAUUCAGCAAAGACGACAAAUUAUUGGAACCAAGAUCAAAGAAGGGAAGGUGAUGAGGCUUCGCAAACUGGCUCAGCAGAUUGCAAACUGCAAACAGUGCAUUGAGCGGUCGGCAUCACUCAUCUCCCAAGCGGAACACUCUCUGAAGGAGAAUGAUCAUGCGCGUUUCCUACAGACCGCUAAGAAUAUCACUGAGAGAGUCUCCAUGGCAACUGCAUCAUCCCAGGUCCUAAUUCCUGAAAUCAACCUCAAUGACACAUUUGACACCUUUGCCUUAGAUUUUUCCCGAGAGAAGAAACUGCUAGAAUGUCUGGAUUACCUUACAGCUCCCAACCCUCCCACAAUUAGAGAAGAGCUCUGCACGGCUUCCUAUGACACCAUCACCGUUCACUGGACCUCCGAUGAUGAAUUCAGUGUGGUUUCCUACGAGCUCCAGUACACCAUAUUCACUGGACAAGCCAAUGUUGUUAGUCUGUGUAACUCAGCCGAUAGCUGGAUGAUCGUGCCCAACAUCAAGCAGAACCACUACACAGUCCAUGGUUUGCAGAGCGGCACCAAAUACAUCUUCAUUGUCAAGGCCAUCAACCAGGCGGGCAGCCGCAGCAGUGAGCCUGGGAAGUUGAAGACAAAUAGCCAACCAUUUAAACUGGACCCCAAAUCUGCACAUCGAAAGCUAAAAGUGUCACAUGAUAACUUGACAGUAGAACGUGAUGAGUCAUCAUCCAAAAAGAGUCACACACCUGAACGCUUCACCAGCCAAGGGAGCUAUGGCGUAGCUGGAAACGUGUUCAUUGAUAGUGGCCGGCAUUACUGGGAAGUGGUCAUAAGUGGAAGUACCUGGUAUGCCAUUGGCCUUGCUUACAAAUCAGCCCCGAAGCACGAGUGGAUUGGGAAGAACUCUGCUUCCUGGGCACUGUGUCGAUGUCACAAUAACUGGGUGGUAAGACACAACAGCAAGGAAAUCCCCAUUGAGCCAGCCCCCCACCUCCGGCGCGUUGGCAUCCUGCUAGACUAUGAUAACGGCUCCAUCGCUUUCUACGAUGCUUUGAACUCCAUCCACCUCUACACCUUUGACAUCACAUUCUCACAGCCUGUGUGCCCCACCUUCACCGUGUGGAACAAAUGCUUGACCAUUAUAACUGGCCUUCCCAUCCCAGACCAUCUGGACUGCACAGAGCAACUGCCCUGAGCACCUGGCCACGUGGAGCUGCUUUCUAGGGAAUAAAAAGGGUUAUGGCCACCAUUUAGGGGACAGAGAAAGCACAGGCUUCACGAGUGUGAUUAAAUCCCGCCGAAAAGUGUCCAGAAAUCAGCUAAGAUAGGACUCAAAAUGGGCAAUUCCCCCCUUUUACUGUGUUUUGUAUUAAGUACAGGCUUUAAUAAUUUCUUCAAAUUUUUUUUGUAUUUACAGGAAAAUUUAUAGAUUAUUUAUAAAAGAAACAUAACCAGGAUUACAACUCUUAGAAUUAUUUUCUUGUGCACAUUAAGAGGCCCAUAAGUUCACCAGCCCUUUGCAGCCUUUAUUUCAUCACAGUCUGUGGGCUUGAGAAAGACCUCUUUUGUAGUUCCAUAUGCUUAUUCACUUUCUCACCUCAUCGUAUGUCAUACUGAUCCCACCGUAGGUCCUGUCACUUCAACGGUGCAUAAACAAAAUAUGCAACUAUCUUAAAAAUAAAAAGUAGUUUUGAGCCUAGUAGGGAAGUAAACGAGCAUUCUUACUCUGGUUUAUUUUGAAGUGUUCUAACUGCAAUGCCAGAAACUUUGAUUAGAUCAGCUAGGAUGGAGAGCAAAACGGAGAAUGGAAAGAAUUGACUUUGGAGCUUGGAAUCUGCCGUGGUGAAGUCUUCACUUGCCCUCUGAUGGCUGCUGAGAUAAUGUUGGAUAGCAGGGUUCUGAAACCUUUGGCUGUAUUUUGCCCUGCUUUUCCCAGGAUUAAGGAUUCUGGGAGAACAUUAAGAAUGAGAUUGCAAUUGAAAGUAAGUCACUUUGAAUCCUACUGAUUAUUCAGAAAUCCGGGCUGAGGUGUUUUAUCAGAAGUAGGAUUCUAUUUCAUGAUAUAAAUCUAUUUCGUUCUUCCUUUUACUAGAUUCUUUAGACCUGUGAACUUUCUUCACUAUAUUUAAUAGCUGUCCUGUUUCCCCUCCCCCAAAUCAUAUUUCGUCUGUUGCUGGGGCUGAGGAGAUAAACAUCUUCUGUCACAAACAGCGGCACCACUGUGGAUUGAUUUUGCUCUCCAGGACAUCAACACAUGGCCCCUACCACCACUAGCACGUCCAAAUAUAAGUCACCCGGAAAACACUUAAUAUUUAUGAGUCGGUAAGGACAAGGGAUGUUGCGUACUGCUCACUAGUACCUCCAAAGUUAUUACACACAGACCUUUGUUAAACACAUCUUGAAAGGUGUAGAAGGCCCUCUGUAUAUUCUAGUGUAGUUUACCAUAGAGUUGUAAGACAAAAAGAAAUCAAACUUGCUAUUCCCCUGCUGGAACCUGCUGAGAGAACCUGCUAGUAGGAUAUCGGAUGGGAUGCUUGGCAGGCUCACCUGGCGCGUCAGCAGGGCCCGUGAGGGAAGGCUUUCUCAAGCAGUCUUUGGACCUGGGGUCCGGCAUUGGUUCUACCCUGAUGAAGGGCGUGACGUCUAUAAACAGUUACAUUUGCUAAAAUAUUUAUCUGGGCUACUGAGUCGGCCAUUUUGACUGAACAGACUGCUGGAGUUAGGCAUUGUUUUUAGUGAUUUUGUUUUUAACCAAAUCAACCAGUUGUUUCCCUGAAAUCCGUCCAAAGACCCGCGGUUUCAGCCUCACGUUUUGUGUUUGCGAGUCUGGACUUCACGGGCGGCUUCCAGGGUGCUUCUGUCCUCCUCACUGGCAGAUGCUCUCCUUUUAACAGAUAGAGUCUAUAUAUUUCCUAUAUUAUUUAUACCCAGAGGAAUAUUUUGAUAGCUACUUAGGACAAUUUCACAUCUAAAAGAUGGACACCUCAAUGGAAAACAAUUAAUCAUUCUCUGGAAACUUACUGAUUUUUUUUUUUUUUUUUUACAAUAUAAAAGCAAUGUGUAUUUGCCUUCCCUGAAUAAACUGAAACGGUUGUCUCAGUAAUUUUCACAUACUGUUUUCGGUAGCUGGGUAAUAGAUAUUUUAAUGCACUUUGUACACUAACAGGUUUUAAAUAAAAGGGUCUAAAACUCAGCUUCUGAGUUUUGAAAAUCAUGGUUUCCAGGUACCAAUAAAUGCUACAGUUUGCCUUAUGAUGUUAAUGUAAAGCAUUUACCAGAAGGACAAUAUUUCCGUGGAUAUAAUGUUUUUCAAUAUAAAGAAGUUACUACUCAAAUUUUCACUGCCAGCUGUUUAGGUUAUGUUUUGGCUAUUUUUCUAAGGACGAGAAGGAUUAUGUUAUAAUUUUGUUGUGGAAGUCUCACUCCUUGCUAACUUAAAAACACUGUGGAUAAUAGCAGUUACUAUUUCCGUGUUGUCAUAUUUACAGGAAAAUAUGUAUGUGGUGAAAGGCCACAGUGUUUACUUUCAUUACUGUAAUGAUGUAGAAAAGAUUUCCAUGUGGAUUUUUUGCAAGCCUAAAAAAUAUAUGCUAGAAACGUUUGCUGCAGUACAAUUCUUUAACUGGAUCGGGGUCAUGGUAUUUUGUUUUAGAGGUCCUCACUUCACAGCAAGAAACACUGCGAUACAAGGGAGAAAGAGACGGCAGUGCCCAUUAAAUCAAUACAACAAAAUCGAUGCAGCACCGACCGACGCCGCCAGGUCCGAGGUCGUGGGUAUACGAACCGUGCAGUUGCCCAGGGCCGUGGGCCCAGAAGUGCCCAGUGCUUGGUUUAGUGCUCUGCUGUCACCGUCUUGAAAUUCCUAAUAAUUUUUGAACAAGGGGCCUGCAUUUUCAUUUUGCACUGGGCCUUGCAAAUUAUGUAGCCAGUCCUCAGAACUCCGAAACAUGGUACCUCUCUUCCUGGUGGAUAUAAAUGAAGAAACUUGGAUCCAAUGUUGACAGUGGCUGGCCAUAUAAUUCAAGUAGGAAUCUAAAUGGAUUAAGAUGAGAGUGGGCCUAGGUGAAGAUUUUCUUCCCAGCUUUAAAAGAAAAUGACUUCAAAAACUGCAAAUGAUGAUGGUUUCUGCUGGAAAAGAGGAAAAGGCCCGAUGACAAGCAGGCUUUUUUAUUAUGGUACUGAUAUAUUGACCUUAAACUUCCUGAAGAAUUGAACCAGCGCCCUCCAUUGAAUGUGGAAUCUGCUUCAGCUCCAGGCACAUAUGCUAUGCCUGCAGAGAGACACGCAUAUUGCUCGCGUCUAUGUGCUUUGGUGUUGGGAAGUUGACGAUCUGGUCUACCCUUAUAAAAUGUUUAAAAGGAUACAAAGACGAUGGGGGCGGGAGGAUGUGUUUUAAAUGGUGCUUCUCAACAAGGGGGCAAUUUGGCAAUGUCUGGAGUCAUUUUUGGUUGUCCCAACUUGGGGGAGGGCGCCACUGGCAUCUGGUGGGUAGAGACCAGGGAUGCUGCUAAACAUCCUACAAUGCAUGGCACAGCCGCCCCCGCUCCCCAGGACAAAGAAUGAUGCAGCCCAAAAUAUCAAUAGUACUGUAGUUGAGAAACUCUUGGUUUGGGGGGGACUUUUUAAAGCAAAACUCUCACAAAUAUCUUUUACUUUUCCUGUAAUUGACUCAAUGCCUAAUAUACCCGAAAAAUAAAAAUGAAAAAAGGAAAGGGACACCGAUUCAAUUCAAAACCUUCACUGCAGUGGCUCCUUCACUUUUAAAAAUAUUUACAAAAAUCUGAAAUCUGAAAAGCAAUUGAAACCUGUGUAAAUGGGAAUCCACUGAUAAGUGUCAUGAAGAUCUAGCUGUGAUUUGCUUAGUUUGGAAAUGAAAAGUCAGUUCAAUCCCUGGUACUUGAGUCACACUGCCAAGCCCUCAGCCCAGAAUAUUCUCGCAAUUGCUGUUGCUUUCUGGUUCUAAAUAAAAAUCA